AUGUCAGGAACAGCCGAAAAGGAUUUUUCUGUUGAAAGCGCCGACGAGACUACUACUACAAUCCCGAUGGAGAAGGAUUCCCCCGUUGAGGGCAACAACGAGACUUCUAGCGCAGUCCCGAUCAAUCCAGCAAAUCCUCACUCUCCCGCCGAAAAAUCAUACCUCGAAGCUGCGCAAGAUGAGGCUGCGAAACCCCCGUACAACCCCUGGAUGGAUCCUGCUGGAUUCCCUGACGGCGGGCUUCGAGCGUGGUUGACUGUGGCCGGUGCUGCUGCUUGUUUUUUUGUUUCUUGGGGGUGGAUUAACUGCAUAGGAGUCUUUCAAGACUACUAUAUGCGUGAUCAACUAAAAGAAUAUUCACCCUCUACCGUCGCGUGGAUUCCUUCACUAGAGACGUUCUUUAUGCUCGCAACUGGGCCGGUCGCAGGCUACAUCUUCGACAAUUACGGGCCCAGGUACCUACUAGUUAUCGGAACUUUCAUGCACGUCUUCGGCCUGAUGAUGGCGUCCAUCUCCAAGGAAUACUAUCAGUUCCUCCUCAGCCAAGGUGUCUGCUCCGCCAUUGGUGCCUGCUUCCUCUUCAACCCGGCCAUGAAUUGCGUUGCGACUUGGUUUUACAAGAAACGCGGUAUGGCGAUUGGUCUCGCGGCUUCGGGGAGUUCGCUUGGCGGUGUCCUAUUCCCAAUCAUCGUUAGUCGCAUGAUCAGGGAGACCGGCUUCCCUUGGGCUAUGCGCACUUGUGCAUUCCUGAUUCUGGCUCUGUGCAUCUUCGCCAAUUUGACGCUACGCACCCGCCUUCCACCGACCAAACGUCCAUUUAGCAUCUGGGCGUUCAUCCAUCCAUUCCGCGAAGUACCCAUGGUUUUGACAACUCUCGCCGCUUUUUUUUUCUACUGGGGAAUGUUCCCGGUCUUCUCGUUUAUAACAACUGUUGCCAACGGCCGUGGCAUGUCGUUGGCUCUGGCGCAGUACAUCGUUUCAAUGCUCAAUGCCGGCUCGGUAUUCGGGAGGACCCUGCCAGGCAUCUUGGGUGAUAAGAUCGGACGCUUCAAUGUGAUGACGGUCUUCUGCACUUUCACCACAAUCCUGAUCCUUGCAGUCUGGAUCCCCGCCAAGAGCAAUGCCGGACAGAUUGUUUUCGCGCCCCUGUUCGGUUUCAGCUCCGGCGCGGCUAUUGGCUUGACGCCGGCUUUGAUUGCUCAAAUCUCUCCGCUCAAGGAAAUUGGCGUACGAACCGGUGCUGUCUUCGCCGCCGGGUCCAUUGGUGCACUGACGGGCAGCCCUAUCGGUGGACAAUUGAUCACGCGUGACAAUGGCGGCUUCUUGUACCUGCAGCUCUUUGGCGGAUGUACUUGUGCUGUGGGCUGUGUCUUCUUUCUCCUGGCCAGACUCUACAUUGGUGGACCCGACCUGAAGAAGAAGGUCUGA